AUGUCACGCCUAAUUGUAAAGAAUAUCCCAAAUUUAAUAACAGAAUCUCAAUUAAAGACAAUCUUUGAAAAAAAAGUGAAGUUUCUGAUGUUAAAGUUAUUUUUAAAGGAAAUAAGAAUAGAAGGUUCUGUUUUAUUGGGUAUAAAAAUGAAUCAGAUGCAAUCAAAGUAAUAGAACAUAUUGAUAAAACAUAUAUAAUGAUGUCUAAAAUAUCAGUUGAUUUUGCUAAAACUAUUGAUGAUCUUUAAUUACCUAGAGCUUGGUUAAGUCAUACUCAAGGAUCAUCAGCAUUCAAAAAAAUUCAUAAAAGUUAAGAAUUAGAAAUUAUAAAAAGGGUGAAAAAGAAUAAAGAAGAUUAAGAAGAAAAAGAAAUACCUAAAAAUAUGACAAAUCAAAGAAAUUUUAAGAGUUCUUAGAAUUAAUGAAAACUAAUAAGAAAACCAAUUCAGAGAUAUCUUGGAAUGAUAAUGUAAAUAAAGAAGUAGAUGAAAUAUUUGAAAAGAUCGAAAAAGAGAAACCAAAAAUAGGUCAAUAACCUAAAUCUAAUACACUAACAAAUGUAAUAUAUGUUACUAAUAUUCCAUAUACGAGUACAGAUUAGGAGUUAAGAAUUGCAUUUAAAAAUAUGGAACUGUCUCUAGUUUGUAAAUACCAAAAUAAAGAGGAGGAUCACUUUCUGGUUUUUGUUUUUUUGAGUAUCAAUUUCCAGAGGAAGCAGUUAGGGCAUUUAAUGAAUUAGAUAACAAAAUUGUUUUGGGAAGGAAGAAUCUUUCAUUUUAGACCUUAAUUUAAGGAUGAUAAAGAAGAACAAUUAAAAUAAGAAUAAUAAUUGAAAUAAGAGAAAAUGAUUGGAGAAGAAAAAUCAUCAUAUAAAAAGUUUAAAAAAUAAUAGAUGCUUGAGAGACUUAUUGAUACUACAUCAUGGAAUACAUUAUUCUUAAAUCCAAAUACUAUUAUUGAAGGAAUUUGUAAGAAAUAUUCUUUGGAUAAAAAGAAAAUCUUAUCUGAAGAAAAUGAUGAUAUGGCUGUUAAAAUGGCUCAAAUGGAAACUCAAGUAAUAAAAGAAACUAAAGUUUGGCUUAAAAUUGUUGGUUUGAAUAUUGAUUUUUUAAUAGUAAAAAAGAAUUAAUGUGAAAGAUCAAAUAUUAUUAUUUUUGUUAAGAAUAUUCAAUUCAGAGUUUAUGAAACAGAUUUAAAUGAACUUUUUCAAGAUAUGGUUAAGUAAACAAAGUAUUUCUUGCUCCAAACAGAUCAAUUAGAAUUGUUACUAUGUAAGAUGAUAAGUAGGCUAUAAAUGCUUUUACUAAUCUAUAAAAUUAUAAAUUUACAGGAUCAAUUUUAUAUUUAGAAUGGUUUUCAACAACUUUAAUGGGAGAAAUGA